CGCUGGCGGGAGGCGGCCGCGCUGCAGACGCCGCUCGAUCGCCGCCGCGCUCACGUCGCGGAGCCGGGGCUGCCGGUGACGCCGGUGCUGCCGGUGCCGCGGAGCCGCCGCGCAGGUUCAGCCCGAGACGUGCCCCGGCGCUGGGAGCACUGGCUGUGGGCCGGAGGGGGCAGCCAUGAGGGACGUGCUCGGGUCUGGGUACCGGCGCAGCCUCGUCCAUCUUGCCUGGAUGUGCCUGUUCUCUUCCCUGCCGAAUGGCAGGGCCAAGGUGCUGGAGAAGACCUUUGAGGAGUGGAUGCGGUACCGUGAUGAGUGCUUGAGGAGGAUGGCGAGCGAGCCCUACCCACCAGGGCUCUUCUGCAACCGGACAUUCGACAUGUAUGCCUGCUGGCCCGACGGGAGCCCCGGCACUGCCGUCAACAUCUCCUGCCCCUUCUACCUGCCCUGGUUUGAGAAAGUGAAACACGGGCUGGUGAGUCGCAGGUGCGGCGCCGACGGGCAGUGGGUGACGGUGAACGGCAGCCAGCCCUGGCGGGACUACUCGCAGUGUGAGGAGAUGGAGUCCGCCGUGGAGGAGGAGGGCGCCCGCCGGCUGAUGGUGAGCUUCAAGGUGCUCUACACCGUGGGGUACUCGCUGUCGCUCCUCACCCUCGUCUCUGCACUGCUCGUCCUCACCGUCUUCAGGAAGCUCCACUGCACCAGGAAUUACAUCCACGCCAACCUCUUCGCCUCCUUCGGGCUGCGGGCCACCUCGGUGAUGGUGAAGGACGCGCUGCUGGAGAAGCGCUGGGGCAUGGAGGUGGUGCAGGUGGCCGACUGGGAGGCUCUGCUGAGCCACGAGGCGGCGCUGGGCUGCCGUGCGGCGCAGGUGCUGAUGCAGUACUGCAUCCUGGCCAACCACUACUGGUUCCUGGUGGAAGCCGUCUACCUCUAUAAGCUGCUGAUCGGGGCCGUCUUCUCCGAGAAGAAUUACUACAGGCUCUACCUCUACCUGGGCUGGGGGACCCCCGUGGUGUUCGUGGUGCCCUGGAUGGCCGCCAAGUACCUGAAGGAGAACGCGGAGUGCUGGGCGUUGAACGAGAACAUGGCUUACUGGUGGAUCAUCCGCAUCCCCAUCCUGCUCGCCUCCCUGAUCAACCUGCUGAUCUUCAUGCGGAUCCUCAAGGUGAUCCUGGCCAAGCUCCGCGCCAACCAGAAGGGCUAUGCAGACUACAAGCUGCGGCUGGCCAAGGCCACGCUCACCCUCAUCCCCCUCUUCGGGAUCCACGAGGUCGUCUUCAUCUUUGCCACCGAUGAGCAAACCACGGGCAUCCUGCGCUACGUCAAGGUGUUCUUCACCCUCUUCCUCAACUCCUUCCAGGGCUUCCUGGUGGCUGUGCUCUAUUGCUUCGCCAAUAAAGAGGUGAAGUCAGAGAUGAAGAAGAAGUGGCAGCUCUGGAAGCUCGACCACCCGACGCUCUGCUGCGCCCAGUGAUGCAGUGACCGGCCCCACAGAGCCAGAAGAGAGGGGCUGCUGGCCACCAUGGCCCGGCUGGAGGGCAGGGGGCCACGGGGAAGCCCACCCGAGAUGGCCAGGCUGGUACCAGUGUCUUGGCUGUGCCACACCUGAGAGCCCUGGAGCUGCUGGAGGGGAUGUCCCCCCGCUGCGGUCCGAGGGGCAGGCAGGCACCCUUGGCUCAUAGCAGACAUUGCUGCCCCCUCAGAAGAGCCUCACCUCGCUUGGGCUUGGGGAGAUAUGCCUGUUGCUUGGACACCAUCACCUACCUCUGUCAGCAUCCACCGGACAUGUUCAUGGGAAACCCCCUUCCCAUCCGCACUGACCUGAGCACCCGCAGGAGGGGAUGGCAGUGGCUGGGGACAGAGCCUGGCCAGCACUAGCAGCAGGGAAUGGGAGACGCGGCUCAGCCCGGCACUGCCGCCCCAGCGCCCAGAUGAACAAACACCUCCUUGCUGCGCCCUGGGCCAUCCAGCACUGCUCCACCACCUUCCCCGCUCUCCUCGCCCUAAGCAAGGACCACCACCGCCACCCCGAGCUUUCCGAGACAUCCAUCCCGGAGUCAUCCUGCAAAGCUUCCUCUCCGUAGCGAGGUGCUGCUGCUGCUGCACCGGCCGCCCUCCUCGCCGCUCCCCAGCUGCACAGAGCCCCAGCCUUCCUCCUCGCCCAGCUCCUCCUCGCCCAGUUCCUCCUGCAGCAGCUCCCCCGGAGUUCCCCCGCAGCGCUUGAGCGCUUUGACUGCUGUAUUGACGCCCAGCGUUAAGGGCGGCGCUGCUUCUUCUUUGGUGGCAGGAGAAAAAAAUCACGAGAGCAUCAGCUGGCUGGGAGCCCUCCCCUGUCCCAGUCCCACCACACGGCCCAGCUUUUGUCCCUGAGGUGGGACAAAACUCUCCGGUUUUGGGGCAGGGAGAGCUGUGAAGUGCCAGGCAGGAACCGCGCUGGGACCCGCUUUACCGGCAAAAAGCCGGGUGGUUCUGGGUGCAACAGCUGGGGGUCCACCCUCGCCCAGCAGCAGCUACAUCUCCCUGCGAGGCCGCGUGGUGUUGGGCAGUGCUGUUCACGCACACGGCUGGGCUUGCAGCUCCCUUCCCCGAGCCUGGCCCUGGUGCUCUCCUCUAAGAGCCCGGAGCAGCAGCAGAUGCCACCGUGACCCCCCAGGUCCCCCUCAUGCUGCUGAACCUGCCGUUGCUGCUGCGCGAUGCUUUAUCUUGCGAAAAAAAAGCCGCUCCAGGAGGGGAAAAAGCAGUUUUUACUCUCUGCUACACGCAAAGUGGACACGGGUGGUUCUCCAUCUCCAACCCCCCUUGCUCGCGGGUUCGGGGAGAGCCUCUGGCAGACGCAGCGUCUCGAGGAGGGCUGCCUUGAGCGCAGAAGGGAAAGAAGCUGGGCCAGGCUCAGCUGCAGCCGGGUUCA